AUGUCCACACCCACCAGCUGCCCAAUUCCUGGGGGCAGGGACUGGCUGCCUGACUGCUACAGCACCACGCUGGGUGGCACACUAUAUGCCACUACCCCUGGAGGCACCAGGAUCAUCUACGGCCGAAAGUUCCUGCUGGAGUGCAAGAACUCACCCAUUGCCCAGACGCCCUCCAGCUGCCUCCCUCAGAUUCCGGGGGUCACAACUCCUCCGAGAGCCCCACCCUCCAGGCUCGAGGAGUGGAAGGAGUGGAAGGAGACAGAGGAAGAGAUACCUGAUGACGCGCAGUUUGAAAUGGACGUCUAAUCCAGUGAAGGUGACCCUGUGUGUGGAGUAAGAGGAAUCCCUCACGCUGCUGCUGCUACCUCCUUUUUCUGGGGUAUCCAAAGGCCAGCUGGCCUCAUCUAAUCCAGAAGGGGGUGACAUGGUGGUUCUGGGCCUCCCUUAGCUCUGAGGCAGCUAGACCGGGGAUAGGAAUGGGCAACUUGCCAAGCCCUUAGUUCUGCUACUCUUUGGUCUGUAGGCACUCCUCCCAACCCCUGGCCCUUGGCUCAGGCUGAGGCUGGGGCUGGGGGAUGGAGAAUGUCACUGUCUGACUGCUUAGUAAACAUUCAAAGAAA